UAAAACAAACCGGAAGCUGGUGGUUGUGCGUCGGUGUUUGUUUCCGCUCCGGUGGCCUCCUCCUCUUCCUCCUCCUCCUCUUCUUCGCCAGGCGGCUUUUUACCGUCAUUUUAACCGUCACCUGCGACAACAGCCUUUGUAUCUGACUGACAUUUGAAUUUGACGGGGCACAUGAAGAUGGCUGCAGCUGAACAGCAGCGUCGUGUCGGCGUGUUUUGUAAUGAAGGCAGAUCCACAAACAUUGAUAGCCAUUUUUAAAGUCAGCAUCUUAUUACCUUGCUAUCAAGAUUUCCAACACAGAUUUUCAAAUGAAAAUGGAGGAUAUGCCCCUGUCAGGCCCAGACAACACCAAGCUGGAGGCCUUGGUCCAUGACAUCUACUCUGAGCUGGUGGAAGAUGCUUGUUUGGGCCUGUGUUUUGAAGUACAUCGUGCUGUGAAACAGGGCUACUUCUUCAUGGAUGAAACAGACCAAGAGAGCAUGAAGGAGUUUGAAAUUGUGGACCAACCAGGAGUGGACAUAUUUGGGCAGGUUUACAACCAGUGGAAGAACAAAGAGUGUGAGUGUCCAAACUGCAAAAGACUGAUAGCAGCUUCUCGCUUCGCUCCACACUUGGAGAAAUGUCUCGGCAUGGGACGCAACAGCAGUCGAAUCGCCAGCCGCAGGCUAGCCACUAAUAAUAAUAUGAACAAAUCAGAGAGUGACCAGGAAGACAAUGAUGACCUUAAUGAUAAUGACUGGUCGUAUGGGGCAGAAAAAAAAGCCAAGAAGAGAAAGUCAGAUAAGAAUCAAAAUUCUCCCAGAAGAUCCAAAUCUCUAAAACACAAAAAUGGUGACCUCGGGAGCAGCCUCACCUCAGAGCCCUACAAGUAUAACUACAACACUGGCAUCAGUUAUGAAACAUUAGGACCUGAUGAAGUCAGAUCCCUCUUAAAAACACAAUGUGGGGUGAUCUCCGAGCACACCAAGAAGAUGUGUACCAGGUCUCCGCGAUGUCCCCAGCACACGGACGAACAGAGGAGGGCCGUCAGGGUGUUCCUCCUUGGGCCGUCCGCGUCGUUGCUGCCCGAUGCAGACGCAGUGGUGGAGAGCGACAACUUUGACCUUCAAGACGGACAGACCCUGAUGAACCGCCUGCAGUGGGAAGACUCUCCUGAUAUCUCACCCACCGACUCUGCCUCAUCGAAAGCCAGCACCAACCAUUCAGACUCGAGGAAGCCAAAGAAGAAGAGGACGUCUCUUGGUUUGAACAGUGGAGGAGGAAGUCUGACUGGAGGCUGCAGCAGCAGCAGCAGCAGCUCUCAGAUAGAUCAGUGCUGCUGCUCUGCUUGUCAUUCACGAUUCUGACUGACAAGUUUCCAUCUUGUAAGUCUCGGACCAACGUCUGAUUUGAAAGGUGUAAGAUGUGUUACAUGCUUUAGAGGUCAGAUGCACUUUAAAAAAUCUUGUACGAGCAACUUUUUACAUUUGAUGGCGUAAUGAAGUUGUUUUUGUUAUAAAUUGGAUCAACAAAACUUAAAGUCCUGACUUUGUAGUUACUGUAGUAGAAUCAGAAAUAAAAGUAAAACUUGGGGACUGUACAAAAAUUAUUUUGGCAAGAGGGGUUGGACGGGUACGACUCGUUAGUCAGUGUUGAGGAACAGAAUAGAUGCAAGUUAAUACAGUAACAAGCAGAGUGGCACUCAGUACAGCGAAUACCUCCUCCAACAACCCUACACAUGAGGGAACUGGUCGGAUGAUCUAAAUUAUUUAUAACAUAGUAAAAAGAAAGUGGGGAAAAAAUUACAGUAUCUGCCGCUUAAUCAGCAUCCACAUCAAACUUUAUCGGGCUCUUCCCAGACCCCAUCCCUCCACUUAGUUAUCAGUCCUGUAAUUUUGUAUAUAAUUUUGGAAUAUACCUGUUAACAAACAAACCAACUAGAGUAUAACUCAAUUCCCCUUCAUUUCAAUCAAGCUGCACCAAUUUUAUGUUUUUCAUCAAGAUCUUUGCAUUGUUCCUUGAGAAAUUCACAAAAAUGACUUUAACCCUGGUUUUGCAAUAUUAAAGAAAGAGAAAUGAAAAUCUUAGAUCAAAUAACUUAAAUAAAAUCCUCCUUGGCUCAUACAAUGUUAAAGAAAAGAAAAAAAUGAUGGAUCCACCACCUGAUCUGGAUUUUAAAUUUAAUAAGUUCUUCACUGACAAAUACCUUAUCCUUCCACCAAGUUUCGUGGAAAUCAAUCCAGUACUUUUUGAGUAAUCCUGCUAAUUGACGCACUGGCGGAGGUUCUAAAAGGAAUAUUUGUUUUGGUUGUUACAGCCCUCCCAGUUCACAUAACUUGUUCAAAGGCUGCAGUUACUAUUCAUCCAGCUGCUUAAGAUAUUUAGUUUUAUGACAUUCGAAGAAGGGUUUUGCUUUGUUAGUUAAUAAUCCAGUGUAAAACAAGACCUCCUGUAGCUCAUGUUUUUUCUUAAGAUUGGACACCUCCCUCACCCCAAAUCCUUUUUGUACAGUCUCUUAGAUCGUUUUCAAUUUUCAAAUGUGAAAAUACACUUUAACUUAUUUUCUGUACGACCUGUUCCUCCAUUUGUCAAGAUCUGCACGUGUGUUGAUUACUUGCUUUUGAAUCUUUUCCAGUGGAGUCUUGUGACGUGCACUAAAAAUAAACAGUGGGCAUGAUCUUUUUUUUUUCUUCUUCUUUGUGAUUGAAGCUGCAGCAGCUGAUGUUCUCUUGUGACUCUUCAUUGCAAAUGAAAGAGAAUGCAAUGUUGUAGGUUUUCGAUAUAUUUUUCUGUACCAUGCACAAAUAAGUCGACUGUUGUAUCUGAACAUAAUGUGAUGAUUCCUAGGUUAUUUCUCUCUGCUGCCGUGCGUACUGAUGUUUGUAUAAAUAAAUGCAGAUGCACAGACUCAGUUCAUCAGAUCAAUAAAUGGA